CCAGGGUCAGAUGAAUCUACUCGGGAAUUCAUUCAACUUCGGUACAAGCUUCGACAUCAUUUCAAUGGACGCAAGCACCAGUGUGAAAAAGCAUAUAGUCGGAUCGUUGAUGAGCUUGGGCUGACCAAUGUCAUAACACCUACACAGGCUAGGAAAAAAUGGUCCAAUCUUUUGCAGAAAUAUAUGGACAUUAAAGGUGGCUAUUCAACAGCAAAUGCAGAUUGGCCUUACUUUCAAAUACUUGAUCAAGUAGUGCCUCUCAUACGAAAAGAAAAGAUUGAGAAAUUGAAUCCUUCAAAUUUAGAGGAGCAAGAGCUUGAUGUACCUCAGGACAGUCUUUCUCUCACCACCACUAUUGUUCCUGAUCAAGAUACUUUAUCAGUGGCUUCUGCUCCUUUAUCAGUGACUUCUGUAAAUACAGUAAUGGUGUCUGCCCAAACAUGUGCUUCAUCAGAGGGUAAAUGCAAGACUGAAACUAUUGAGAGUGAACCACCUCGUAAAAGGGGAAGCAGAUAUCGUCGUGCAGCACAGCGGGCAAGAGACAGGUGGUGGGGUGCUGUAGAAGAUGAUGAUCUUGGUUCAGAGUCUACUGGGUUAACUAUACGAGGGGAUCUUGUAGCUCAUCAAGGCUCGUCUAAAUCUUCCACAGCUGAUAACCUGGACUCAUCUCAGAUGGAAAUUCACACUUUUCAUAUGUUGGAAUCAUGUUCCACAGCUCUAGCAGAAAUUCGUGAAAUACUGAGAUUAAAUGCUGAACGGCAAGAAACCUUACUGAAGGUAAUGUAGAAAAUCUGUUGUUUUCUAAAAAAGUAUUACAUGUGAAGAAAAUUGACUCUAACAAA